CGAAUUAUAGCGUUUGUGGUUUGCUGAAUGCCACGGUCAGGAAAUGCGGUGGAGAUUAUCAUCGCGGGAACUGCGCCACGAGUCGAGCCAGGGCCAUGGCGGGGGGCAUUCUCUUUGUUUUGCUGCCUCUUCUGUCAGAGGUGGAGACUGGACUCUUACGCAACAGCUCUUCGCUCUGUGGACCAUAGAACGACAUCAUGAUUGUUCUUGGCGCGACCUUCGUUGGAUCCGUGUGCUUUGUCACUGGGCUAGGGCAUUUCCGUAAUAUGAUUCACCGGGCGGAUUCCUCUUCUCUUCUCAGAAGUGCUGCCCAGCUCAACUCGUCACCACCGACUGUAUCCGUCACGACAUUCAUCGACUCAUUCGGAUUGUUAUGUCGCACGCGUCAAAGUCUCAGUGGGGCAGCGUUAUCUGUUCCUGACACCGCCAUUUUCGAGCUCAUUACUCCCAUCAAGUGUCAUCAUUCCUUCUGCUCUCCUUGCGAUUGUGGUUUCGACGAUCUCGCGUGUGUCUCUUCGGAUCUCACCGCUGACUUGUCCGACGUGGUCGCUGCUUACCUUGACGUGCCGGACGUGGCCUAUCUGAGUGGUGCGGUGAUCCAGGUCAUCACCAGAACCGCGGAAAAAGUGGCGGUGGUCGCCAUUGCAAGCAAGGGCAAGUUCGAUCCCACGAUGAUGCUCGCAAUCGGCAGCUGUAUUCAAAUAUCCAUGGUCCUCAGACAUGAGAUCUUCUCCGCAUCCCCAAGCUCUCAGUCGAAGAUGAGCAGUCGCUCUAAAAUAUCGGGUUUGUACUCAUCACUCCCAUCCAUCAAUCCACUCUCUAGAUCAAUCUGUGCUCUGAAAUGUGAGUUUUCCUGUGCACAGAUCGAACGGGUCUACAAGUGGCCAAUAGGCAAAGUUGUACUUGUUUGUAGCCGUGGCUGUACCCGCCGGAUUACUUUCCGCCUCCCGACCACAGCCUACGCCAAGAUGGCGCACAAAACACCGCUGGACGAAAACACGGAUCCGCUCAACCAGAAGAUAGUAAUUUCUGCGCCUCUCUGCAAGUUGACCCGCUCACGUGUCGUUUCCGUACGCAACAUCCUGUCAUCUAAACUCCAGCACGUCUUUGGUGUUCAGCAGCGCCUUCCGGGCGAGAUCAUCGACAGGAUAAUAGCGCAUCUACCCCAUGCAUACCCCGAUGCUGCACAUCACGGCGAGAUUGUCUUCGAGUCGAAAGACUGGCUCCAGAAGCUUUGCACCUCAAGCCCCCAUUUCGUGCACGCUUGCCAAAGGAAGCUCUUCUUUCUGGUGGAUCUAUGCGCGAAACUGGACACCGGAAGAGGUCGUCUUCACCGAUUCUACAGACUACUGAAAAUGUCCCCACACCUAGCACGCUAUGUGAAGCACCUCAUUCUGCCGGUCGAUCUUUUGGAAGAUCCUCGGAUGGUCAAGAUCCUCAAGUGCUUGGUCAAUCUGUGCUCAGCCUCUGUCUACAACUACGCUGAGGCGAUCUUGUCGAUGGAAGAUUCCUUUGGCACCCUAGCUUUUGUCAAUCGUCUGCGUCGCCUGGAGCUUCGCGUUCAUACCUUUGCGGACUUUGUUGAAUUCGACACCAUCAUCGGCUCGUUUCCCGUCCUCAGAGAGCUGCUUCUUGAGACUGUCGAUUUUGACCAACACACCGGGUAUCGAUUAGCGACGAAACGCGGGGCUCUGGUUACUCUCAAGACCCUCGAACUGUACGCUAUCCCCGAGGAUACGGUGGAUGCCAUGCUGCAGGCGUUGCACAAGGUGGACAUGACCUGCCUGCACGCCCUGUCAGUGGAUCGCCAGCACGAAGACCUAUUCCGCCGAAAUGUCGGGACCCUGCGAGAGUUGACACUUCAUGUUGCCUUGGAACUCUCACGCCCCGAAUUCUAUUCUAGCAAUCUAUCCAUCCUAUUGCACCCAUCUCACAAGCUAAGACGCGUCAAUCUGUUCUUGCGACGUCCCGAAGCCCUGUGGUACAUCCUCCCGUUCCUUGGCCCUGGCAUCCGACUCGUCCGGCAGCUCUCUAUCGCACAGUGGGAUAUCCCCCAGCUACCCGAGAUCUGGGCUCAGCUGGACAGAGAACUGGCUGCCGUUGCCGGCGGACUUUCCAUUCUGCGUGUCUAUCUUGAAUCUGCGGUCGGAGCCGCACGGAGCAUCCAGGAGGUGGAUCUUCGAGCCGCUAUGCCGAAGAUGCAGCAUCUUCUGCGAGUCGAAGAGCGCGUUUCCUGGUCAGUUCGGACGUGA